AUGGCAUGGAACGUCCUUCUGAUGUGGGGAAUAUUCACCUCAUUCACAGUAGCAGAUGAUGUAAGAGAUGAAUGCCCACAUCCACCUCAAAUCAACUUUGCCUCUUUUGCAACACAAAAUUAUAUGAAGGGCACAAUCCUAGACUGUUCCUGUAAACCUGGUUACGAUAGGAAGGAAGGCACUCCCUUCUUCAUUGUUUGUGAAACAAAUGACCAACAUCUUUCCUGGAAUGGAAAGUGUCAGUGUAAGGGUAAAACUCCUGGAAGCCAUGAAGAACAAAGUGUUACAAAUGCUCCUUCUAACCCUGGAAAGCAGACAAACAGAAGACAAACAAGUACAGAGAACAGACUGCCAACUUAUAACCUCACAAGCCACUGCAUGGAGCCUGUGCCCUGGGAACACGCUAAUGAAAGAAAGAGUUAUCAGUUUGUGCUGGGACAGACGCUUCAGUACCAGUGUCUUGAAACGGUUAAAUAUGGGGGUGCUGCUGAGAGUACCUGCAUGAUGAUCCAUGGAAAACCAGCAUGGACUAAACCCCAUCUAAAAUGCACCAAUGUCAUUCCUAGAAAACAUGCUCAGCUAUUCUUUUCCACAGCUUCCACCGAGAUAUUGCAACCUUCAUUUACUACAGAACAUAAGAUAGCAGCAUCUACCUUGAGGCCCAAGAUCAGUCAAGAUAUUGUUCAUCAGCCCUUAUAGCUGUGAGAAGUUGCUGCUUGUAUCUUCCUGAUUAACCUUAUAAUCUUUCUGGUCUGGAUCAUCUGGAGGAAAAGAUGGAGGCGGAGAAGACAAAAUGACAAAGAAAAAAACAAAAAUAGAGAAGUAAGAAACUGUAGCAAGAACCAAGUGGCUGACCAUCCUAUAGGACUCUUGUCUGCUUAGUGUGCCCCGACAUCCCAAGGAGCAAUCACAGAAGCUAAAUGUCCACCUAGAGUUGGCAGCAACUUUUCCAUAAGUAUCUGUUAAUUUUAUCCCUUGGAUUAAGAAGACAGACACAGCACCAAAGUUACAUCAAAAACAAAGAUCCGCACCCUUCGAGAUUGCUUUACAGAAUAAAUUUUGUGCCCUAUCAGCAUCGAAGCACAGUCCUUCCCCCUGAUCCAUCUGUUGUG